UGGGCUUCUCUGCUUAGGCUGCUGCCCCCGCGACCCGGCCUCGGAUAAAGCGGAUGAAGAUGGAUGGAUGGAUGGAUGGACAGUCCUCUUAUUUUCUAAGCUUAGUUGUGCUCUUCCAGGCUCAGGUCACAGUUCUUUGAUAUCUUUCAGCUACCUCUCCAUGCUGAGAGAGACUGACUCCACCGUACUGGACUGAAACCGGUCACAGCAGUUGUCCUUCUGCUCUGGAGAGCCCCAGUGUGCUGGAGGGUCCCUUUAACCACACCUGCAGCAGGUGAAGAAGGUUGCAUCUACAAGAAGCUCACAAUAUCUGCCACCACCACCUUGCAGUCUGAGACAGUGGAGCUGGAGUCGAUCCACACACUGGAGAGGCAAGUAAAAACUGCCCUAAUAUCACAAAGUACAUAUAGUUAUCACUUAAUUGACUAAAGAACACGUGUACACAUGUAUGAACGCAGGACUGCAUAUGUAAAUAUGUAUUUGAUAUAUAACUCGCCAUUCAGAAUACUGACUCGAAUGCAGGCAAAAAAAAGCUUGUAUUUCAAUCCUGUCUUUCUUUAAUAAUUAAACCAUCUAUCAUCUUAAUCUUAAUCACACCCAAAUUUCCUAAAAAAGUACAAACCAAAGUUAAAUGACAACAUUUUUUGACUGAUAUUGAUUAAAAUAAAGAAAUAUCUGCAGCAGACAGGUUACAGCCUUUGUUGAUAUUGUAGUAUUUCUAUUAUAGCCUCUCACUCUCCUUCUGUUAUAGAAACAAUGCUGUGCCAGUCCAGCAAAGUUUGGUUCCUGAUGCCAAUGAGCAAAAUUCCUCCCAGAGGAGGUGACACUAUGCUGAUGGAGAGAAUCUGGCCCCUCCAGAGCUCUGAGAGGCAGCAACAGCUCCUUUAAAAGGCGAGGAGAAGGAAGAAACAAAAAAAACUAAGCACCACACCACAGAGUCAUUUUGUAAUCCUUCGGGAAGCAAUCUCUCUUGCACUCCACCUUCGCUGCUACUUAGUCUCUGUCUCUGCAGUGUGGAUAGCAGCGGGGGGGGCUCCAUCUAUCUCAGCUUUCAUCUGGGAGGGAAAGUGACCCAACGACUGACCAGAGACACAAGCACAAAGCACCGCGGGUUUCCCCUGCUGCCACAUAAGAGGAGUGAAGAGGCUUUUUUAACACUCCCUUCCUCUUAUCCUCAGAUGAUAGAAGCCCACCCAUUACAUGCGAGGGACCACCUCACUCUUACUUCUGGCAUUCACAUUUGUUUUGCCACUCAUGCAGCCUUCCAAAAUCUAGACGACACUUCAUGCAAUAAAUGUGUUACAGUUAAGAAUCUGUAUCUAAGGAAGCAUAGACACAAACGAAUGUGACAAACAGCAUUAAGCACAGCUCCCUGAGGGCUAACCCUGCACUGUGGUUGCAUCUUGUUUUCUCUAUCUCCUUCUGUAGUUCUAAGUAAGACCCGCCUCUGCUAUCAGUAGUACACGCUCAUGUGUAAGCCAGCAGAAAGGAGUGGAGCACAGGAGGGUCUGGACAGAGAUAAAUUAGGUUCGACAUAGCUGCCGAUCUAAUCCAGCCUUGCAGUUGGUAUUGACCUCUCUGCCUGUCAAGGUGUGCCCUCUGAGCAUGUCUAAAGAGGUGAAGCUGCCCUUCCGUCUGGACGUGGAGCUGACGGAGGUGAUGCGCCUGCGGGUUCAGUCCCUGCAGCAGCGCGGCCAGAAAAGGCAGGAGGGGGAGCGCCUGCUGCAGAGCAACGAGGCCGUAUACCGGCUGGACUUCUCAAACCAGUCCCUCCAGUUCUCACACUGGAAGGUGUGGCUGGCCCAGCCGGGCCACCUCACCAUCAUGGGUACCUCGCAGCUUUGGACGCCUGACCUCACCAACCUGAUGACCCGUCAGCUGCUCGAGCCAGCAGGUGUUUUCUGGAGAGCAGCGGGCGAUGGGGACGACGUGCCAGUCCAGUGCUACGAGGCUGACGCUGACGAGUUCGGUGAGAGGAUUGCAGAGCUGGCCAAGGUGAGGAAGGUGAUGUACUUCUUGUUUGCAUUUUCAGAAGGCUGCAGCCCGGAGACGGUCGACUGCUCCAUCACCUUCAUGGUGGACAAAUGAGACUUGGCGUGUAGGAUCUCGGACAGAUACUUGGACUCAUCUUCAGUGCUUGUGUGCUUUCAGUUGAGGAACCCGCUACUAUUAGGCCAGCCCUCUGUCUCCUUUUAUGAUUCCCCUCUAAAAUAUGAACACAGGCCAGAUGACAUCCUUUAAGGACUCAAAAACACUUUACUGAUCAAAACAGGUUAUUGUUUCAUAACUUUGUAUCAGAUCAUUGAAAUAAAUCCAAUCAUUCUAAAAGGCGUAUCUGCAUUUUCUUAGGUGCUUUGGGUUUGAGUGUUGAACAAAAUUGUUAUCCCAUCUCUAACUCACAAACAGCCAGUCCUGAAGGGUUUGCUGGAGCCGAUUCCCACACGAGAUAAUGCAUAGAGACAGUGUUUACUUCUGUGGAUGGGUGCAAGUAUUCCCCAGCGGACGAGAGGAACAGGUUCCUGCCGCCUCAUCGGUCUCUGUCUUACAUGGUGACCCUGACAAACAAGUGAGGAGAUGCAUGUGGAUUUCACCUCUCUGCCUCCUCCACCUCCUCCUCCUCCACUUCCUCCUCCUGCAGGCUCGC